CUCUCUUACGUCUUAAUUUCCAAAUAUUCUGUAAUGAAAAAUUAAGCUUAAAUUUUCCAUUUCAACUCUCCAUGGCGAUGACGGAGAUCCACGUCUGAAACUCCAUUGGAAGAUCAGUAUUUCUCUUUAACUCGGCUGAAAUUCCUCUCAAAUUUCGCUACGAUUUCCACCAUUGAAGAUCCUAAAACCCCAAUUCUUUCCUCCAUCGUCUCUUCCGCUGAAGAAUCAAUGGCGGUUCCCGUGGUUCAGUUCCCGAUCUUCAUGGCUGUCAGAGUUCUCGGAAUGCUCGUGGCAGCUCUUCUUUUCAUUUGGACCUUGCAUUUCCGUGGAGGAUUGGCACUUAUCUCAGAUAACAAGGAUCAUAUCUUCAAUGUCCAUCCAGUUCUUAUGGUGAUUGGACUUAUUCUUCUAAAUGGUGAAGCAAUGUUAGCAUACAAGACAGUUUCAGGAACCAAAAACUUCAAAAAACUAGUUCAUCUUGCACUCCAAUUUGUGGCAUUCUUUUUAAGCCUGAUUGGCAUAUGGGCUGCCCUGAAGUUCCACAAUGACAAAGGAAUCGAUAACUUUUACAGUCUUCAUUCAUGGUUGGGCUUAGUUUCUAUCUUUCUGUUUGGCAUCCAGUGGUCUGCAGGUUUUGUAACCUUUUGGUACCCAGGUGGGUCUAGAAACAGCAGAGCUACUCUGUUGCCAUGGCAUGUUUUCUUUGGCGUUUACAUAUAUGGCCUUUCUGUCGCUACAACUGUAACUGGAUUGUUGGAAAAAGCUACAUUUCUUCAAACCAGCAAGGUAAUAUUACGCUAUUCGAACGAGGCUUUGCUGAUAAAUUCAUUGGGUGUCCUCAUUGUUCUCUUGGGUGGUCUCGUAAUUCUGGCGGUUAUCGCUCCGUCGAAUGCCAAAGGUGAUAUUAACAGAGGGCUAGCAGAAUAGGAUGAAAACAUGAUGCUGCUUUGAAAUGGAACAUCAGCGAGACAGAUCUUGUUGUAACUUGUAAGCAUGUCAAUUGCUCAAAAUCAAACUUGCCUUUAUUUUUACUCGAGACUGUUGAUUCAUCCUUAACAUAGAAAUCACAUUAUAGGUUGAGAAGCAAACGGAUUCUUUAGUUGAAAAUAAGAUGGUCAUGUUUGUGGAUUGGAACCGAUUUUAUGACUUCAGUGCCAUAAGAAGUAAACAGUUUUAAUUGAAAAUUUUCGAUUUGGUUCA